CAACACUAGUAAUCUUUCCCUCUCUUUCUCUUUAUAAACAGAGGCUAACCAGUGUACUUCACCAAAAAAAGAAGCCUUUUCUUCUCCACAAAAGAAAAACAGAGAAUGAAGAGAAAGUCUCCUUCAAAUUCGUGCUCAUCCUCUUCAUCCUCGUGCUGCAUCGAAUCGCCAUCCAUAAUCGCACAGCCCGAACCGAAGCCCAAGGCUAAGCCCAAGCGCGUCCGAGCCAAGAGAAACCAGAGCGACAGCAGCGCCACCUCUGCCAAAUCGCGAAGCUCCAUUUACAGAGGCGUCACAAGGCAUAGGUGGACUGGGAGAUACGAAGCUCACCUCUGGGAUAAGACUACAUGGAACAGCAUCCAGAACAAGCGGGGAAGACAAAUCUAUUUAGGUGCUUAUGAUAAUGAGGAAGAUGCGGCUCGAACCUACGAUCUAGCUGCUCUUAAAUAUUGGGGACCUUCUACCAUUCUCAAUUUUCAUGUAGAGGGCUACGCAAAAGAUGUUGAAGAGAUGCAAAAUUUAACUAGAGAAGAGUAUUUGGCCUCACUUAGGAGGCGGAGCAGUGGCUUUUCAAGAGGUGUUUCUAAAUAUCGCGGCGUUGCAAGGCACCAUCACAAUGGCCGGUGGGAGGCUAGAAUUGGGCGUGUUUGCGGAAACAAGUACCUCUACCUAGGAACCUACAGCACUCAAGAGGAAGCAGCAGAAGCAUAUGAUAUGGCAGCGAUAGAAUACAGAGGUCCGAAUGCUGUAACAAAUUUUGACAUAAGUAAUUAUGCGGAUAAGUUGAAGAAAUUCCUACCUGAGGUGCAAGUGGAAGAGGUCCAUGUGAAGCAGGAAACGAACUCAACUCCCCCUGACAUAGUACAAGCAGAUGAAGAACCUCACCCAGUUGCUGAAACAAGUAGCCCUAAGCCCGAACCCAAGGAUUUCAAUGAGUCAGAAGGCAUGAUCACUAUGGACCCAAUCGAGGAGCACGGGCACCCUUGGAACCUCUGUCUAGAUACUCUAUUCAACAUCCUCCCAGUUCCCAACAUGCCUCUGGGUGAGGUGUUUGACUACAAAGGCUUUGAUGAUGAUAUCGAGUGCAUCUUCGAUGAGCCAUUGGAUGACUAUGAUUUCCUCCAAUAUGGCUGCCAGAUUGAGGCAGCAGAUGCAGUGGAAGCUCAGGACAUGAAAGGGCAGGACACCUUCAUUUCAACUUCACCUUCUUCAUCGCCACUAUCAUCAACCACAGCCUGCAGCAACAUCUAGUGUCCCUUCAAGUUUUAGGAUGUUUAGACCUUAAGUUACUGUAACUUUAGGUGAGGAAGCUAGCUGUAGAUGAUAAAGAGCAACAACCAGUGCUUCUGCACAAGCUCAUAGUCUUUGGCUUGUUCUAGACUGUCUCAAGAGAUAGCUCCAUUUAUCAGUAUUUAAUUCUAGAAUUUCUUUGAUCUUUCACAAAAUGAAUUCAGUGAGUUUUUUUU